CAGCUUGAGAGGAAACAAAGUGCUGCGGGCGGGAGAAUUGGCGGCGGCGGCGCGAGGACCCUGUGCGGCCCUUUUGGUCACCCUCGCUUUGCGUCUUCUCGUACGUGUGUGUUUGUAUGUAUGUGUAUGCGUGUUCUCUUACAACGGGCAUAUUACGGUUGACUGAUCCGUAUUCCACUCCUUUUGCUCUUUGUGCUGAAACCCCACUUCUGCCACCCCUGGUGCUUCCUUCCUCCCCUGAGCCGGACUCUGCACGCGGGUGCGGACCGACCAUUCGCGCCUUCCCAGCUUCACCCCCUGCAACGCUCCUCGUGCCCCCACCUGGUCCCUGUCCUGCCCGCGGCCUCCCAGCCGCGCUUUCGCCGCCAGCCCUCUCCGCCGAUCGCCCCGCCGCCCGCCAUGGCGACAGCGACCCCCAUGCCGCCGCGGAGCGGCAGCCGUGCUAGCGCUCCCGCUACGCCGUUGAGCCCCACGCGGCUGUCGCGGCUGCAGGAGAAGGAGGAGCUGCGCGAGCUCAAUGAUCGGCUGGCAGUGUACAUCGACAAGGUGCGCAGCUUGGAGACGGAGAACAGCGCGCUGCAGCUGCAGGUGACCGAGCGCGAGGAGGUGCGCGGCCGCGAGCUCACUGGCCUGAAGGCGCUUUACGAGACGGAGCUGGCUGACGCGCGCCGCGCGCUCGACGACACGGCCCGCGAGCGCGCCAAGCUGCAGAUCGAACUGGGCAAGUUCAAGGCCGAGCACGACCAGCUACUCCUGAAUUAUGCUAAGAAAGAAUCUGAUCUGAAUGGAGCCCAGAUCAAACUUCGAGAGUAUGAAGCAGCACUGAAUUCUAAAGAUGCGGCUCUGGCUACUGCACUUGGUGACAAGAAGAGUUUAGAGGGAGAUUUGGAAGACUUGAGGGAUCAGAUUGCUCAGUUGGAAGCCUCCUUAGCUGCUGCCAAAAAACAGUUAGCUGAUGAAACUUUACUUAAAGUGGAUUUGGAGAAUCGCUGUCAGAGCCUUACUGAGGACUUGGAAUUUCGUAAAAACAUGUAUGAAGAGGAGAUUAAUGAGACCAGGAGGAAGCAUGAAACUCGCUUGGUAGAGGUGGAUUCUGGGCGUCAGAUUGAGUAUGAAUAUAAACUGGCUCAAGCCCUUCAUGAGAUGAGAGAGCAGCAUGAUGCCCAGGUGAAGCUGUACAAGGAAGAACUUGAGCAGACUUACCAUGCCAAACUUGAGAAUGCCAGACUCUCUUCAGAAAUGAACACUUCUUCUGUCAACAGUGCCAGGGAAGAAUUGAUGGAAAGUCGUAUGAGAAUUGAAAGCCUUUCAUCUCAACUUUCUAAUCUGCAGAAAGAGUCUAGAGCCUGUUUGGAAAGAAUUCAGGAAUUGGAAGACUUGCUUGCUAAAGAAAGAGACAACUCUCGUCGAAUGCUGUCGGACAAAGAGAGAGAGAUGGCAGAAAUAAGGGAUCAGAUGCAGCAACAGUUGAAUGAUUAUGAACAACUUCUUGAUGUAAAGUUAGCUCUGGACAUGGAAAUCAGUGCUUACAGGAAGCUCUUAGAAGGCGAAGAAGAACGGUUGAAGCUGUCUCCAAGCCCGUCUUCUCGUGUGACCGUAUCACGAGCCUCUUCAAGUCGCAGUGUCCGUACAACUAGAGGAAAGCGGAAGAGAGUCGAUGUAGAAGAAUCUGAGGCAAGCAGUAGCGUCAGUAUCUCUCAUUCCGCCUCAGCCACUGGGAAUGUUUGCAUUGAAGAGAUUGAUGUUGAUGGGAAAUUCAUCCGCUUGAAGAACACUUCUGAACAGGAUCAACCAAUGGGAGGCUGGGAGAUGAUCAGAAAAAUAGGAGACACAUCAGUGAUUUAUAAAUAUACCUCAAGAUAUGUGCUGAAGGCAGGCCAGACUGUUACAAUCUGGGCUGCAAAUGCUGGGGUCACAGCCAGUCCUCCUACUGACCUCAUCUGGAAGAACCAGAAUUCUUGGGGCACUGGAGAAGAUGUGAAGGUUAUAUUGAAAAAUUCUCAGGGAGAGGAGGUUGCUCAAAGAAGUACAGUUUUUAAGACAACCAUACCUGAAGAGGAAGAGGAGGAGGAGGAAGCACCUGAAGUGGCUGUGGAGGAAGAAUUUUUUCACCAGCAGGUAGCCCCAAGAACAUCCAAUAAAAGCUGUGCAAUUAUGUAAACUUCUCAAGUCAACUGUCUUCCUCAAAAUAAAGAAGUAUGGUAAUCCUUACCUACAUAACAGUGCAGAGCCUUCUUGAAGCACAGAAUAUUUUUAUAUUUCCUUUAUGUGAAUUUUUAAGCUGCGAAUCUGAUGGCCUUAAUUUCCUUUUUUGACACUGAAAGUUUUGUAAAACAAAUCAUAUCCAUACAUUUUGUUCCAAGAUGUGAAUUAUUGACACUGAACUAACUGUGUACUGUUGUUUGGAAAGGGUUCCUCAAAAUUUUUGACCUUUUUUUUGAUAUGUAUGUGUGGGAUUUUUUUUGUUUGGUUUUUAUUUUUAAUUGAAGUUCUUGGAGGGUGGGGGUGGGCAGGAUAAACCACUGUGUUUCUGGGUUCAUUUGAAGAUUGCUUCGUCUAGAUUAGCAAUCUGCUCUUGAUUAUUCUCUGCUAUAUAUAACGGUGCUGUGAGGGAGGGGGAAAGCAUUUUUCAAUAUAUUGAACUUUUUUACCGAAUUUUUUUGUACUAAGUAAUCAAGGUUACUUUUUCUUUCUUUCUUUUUUUUAAUAGAAAAGAAAAAUUUUUGUAAGAAGGAAAUAUUAACCUAAUCAUCAUGUAAGCAUUCUGGAUGAAGGAUUCUGCAAAACUUUGUUUUAUGGUUACUUCUCUUAGAUUCUGAAUUCAUCGGGGGUGGGGGAGGGGCCUUUAUUAAAAUGUAUUAGCUGUGUUUUUUUAAGAUAGCAUAACUUGCUUAUUUCUUAUGUGACAUUAACAAAUAAAAUGCUGUUUUAAUAUU